AUGCCCAGGCAACUUCGAGAACGUCGGAGGCACCUGCCUGUACCUUGCCAAGGAAAAAACAGCGCGUUGGGAUCAUGCUCGGACGUACUGCAAGAAUCUGGGAGGAGAUUGGCCGUAUUCAAAGAUGCCAAUGCAUUUACUGCAGGUCUAGAUUAUGUAAAAGAUCAACAAUUGGUCCGGAACACGCAAAUAUGGAUAGGCGCUACUGACAGGCACCGCGAGAAUCACUGGAAGUGGAUCACGGGUCAAAGGAUAACUAGGGUAACGCCCUUUUGGGGCAAACAUUAUUUCUCCAAACAGGAAUCAACGUAUGACUGCGGCGUGCUCCAUGGGCUGGACGAUUACCUGAUGCAUGACGCGGCUUGCUCUUCGAAGUACAUGCCUCUGUGUCAGAUCCAAUAGGCCCCUUCUGGUGUCACUCGAAGCCCCGUUCCGAAUCUCCUCUGAAUUGCGCUUAUGAGUUUGCCAUCAAUAGAUAGCAGCGUACAUCGCACGCUAUAAAUGUUCAUCGAUUGAGAUUUUAGAAAAUGAUGUUUAUUCGUGUUGAAGUAGUCU